GGGGGGUGGGACUAUUUUUGGAGGUGUGCUCAUUUACCCCGGCUCCUCCUCUAUGAGUCAACCUGCUCUCCUUCCUUAUGACCCUUCAGCAUUUUGACUGCUGCUGCCAUUUUUUCUCUGCUGCCUGUUUCCUUCACACAUCAGAAGCAAAAUGGCCUCUGGAGUAAAAGUUGCUGACCAAGUGAAGGAAAUCUACAAUGCCAUGAAACUAGUGAAAACUGAGGAUAAUCAGAUGGAACGUAUGAGAUUGGUGAUAUUCCACAUCGAUGGCUCUUGCAUUGACGUGGAGAAAAUUUUCCGUGAGAAAGAUCUGGAGAAAGAGGAUGAUGUCUACAAGUUCGUCCUGAGUCAGCUCAAAGCAGAUGAGUGCCGCUACAUACUGUAUGACUGCCACUUUGAAACCAAGGAAUCAAAAAAAGAAGAACUGGUCUUUUUCCUGUGGGCUCCUGACACAGCACCCAUCAAACUAAAAAUGAACUAUGCUAGCUCAAAAGAAGCCCUUAGGAAGAUCCUGACAGGUAUCAAACACGAGGUGCAGCUGAAUGACAAAACGGACUGCGGCGACAGGGCUGCUUUUGGAGAGAGACUGGGAAAAAAUGUAAUCAAAAUUGAGGGCCACGAUAUUAAGUAGAGUGCUGGGCAUUAAACAAACCACUGUUUCAAAUCCCUGCUUCAUUACAAGGUCAAUUUGAAGGCAUUUGAGAGGAUAAUGGCAAAGUUACCAAAUUGACUGAUUAUUUGGAUAGGUUCAACAAAGCUUAAAGGGAAGGGUUGGGCUCUGGAUGGGAUUAGAUUCUUGUAACACAAACCUCCUGAUAAUUGUGCCCUACUAAACUGAGUCACACCAGUUUGACUGUGAAAUCAGUCUUGUUCUGAUGUAAUCUUUUUCAUUUUGACAUGGACAAUAGUAUAAUUAAUGUAUGGCUGUCACUUAACUCUUAGUACAUUUUCUAUUUCUCAAAUCAGUAAUUUGCUGUGUUAGUACAUGCAUAGCUUGAAUCCCUGCAUACUACAGUGCACACCAUUUGUCUUUUAUGGAUUGGAUAAAGUCCACUUUAUACAACUAUCCUGUAAAAUAUCCCAGUGGACACCCUAGAGUUUACAAGGCCAACAUGACAGGGCCUGUAAGUUAUGACUAAAAUCUCUUUUCCUAGACUGUUACAGUUUGGAGACUUAAUAAGAAUACAUUUACAAAGAAAAAAAACAAGGUUACACUGAAAUUGCAGCAGUUGUUGCACUGUCUUGAGUAUUGUCAAAUAAAUUCAAUGCAAAUUGUU